CUAAAUACACAUUCUAUCGUUGUAUAAAAGAAGCUGUUUUAGAUAACCUAGCUAUUAUCAAAAACAAGUUUUCAGUUCAGAUGGUGGAUUGCAUUUACCUCUGAUUAAAAUGGAGCCUCUAUCGGUUUUCAUCUGGAUCAGAAAGUAAAGACUGUGUGGAUACCUUGAUCCACAACAUAUCAAUUGUAUGUAUGAUUACGACAAAGAGCACACGGCGGGUGCGACUGGUCAGCAGAGGAUGUUCACUUCUCCAUGCAACCUAAUCCUACUUCUGAUUUUUGCACAGGUCUGUGUUUGUUUUGCUUCUGUUUUGUAAUUUUUCCUUUGGACUUUUGAUUUGGAAUACUGUUCGUCAUCACCACAUUUCAUAUAUGAUAUACUUUACAUUUUUUUUUUCAUUUGUCAAAUAGAACUACCUGGGGUUUUUGUUAUACCUAUACACUGUAUGCUUAGUUAACAAACUUGAAAUAACAAUAGAUAACCGGAAAGUAUUGCGGUAAUUUUGUAUCAUAAAACUUUAUUUAGUAUGAAUAUAUAGGGAAAACGUAGUAUCGUCAUGAGCAAAACUCAAACCACACCAGAAAGUACCAAAUAACAUGUUUAAUUUCUCACUUUCGUUAAAACCAACUCUAUCGGAAACGUUUCAGCAUUGCUCAGGUUCUGUAAACCCAGUUUUGAUGUCCAUGAUAUUUGAACACCGGAAUGUCAUAAAUAGGAGUCCACUGUUAUCUAACAAAGUUUUAGUCAACAGAUGGUUUUAUAGUAACGAUGACUUAAGCUGGAGAGAAAGGUUUUAAUUUCUGAAGUAGCCGAACAAGACAAUGGACCAAUUAAAAAAAAUUGGCUUUGUGAUAAAAGAAGCCUUUGGUCUUCUCAAAGUAAAAAGAACACAAAGCGCUCCAUCAAUUGUCGGACGAGUAGAGGAAGACCAUGAAAAGAAAGAGAGAUAUCCAAAACAAGAACGUUCAUCAUCAUGUGGAGAUUUGAUUUCAAAAUCCAGAGAAAUUCCAAAGAAUUGUUCAGAAACUAGCAAAGGUGCUCGAAAGCUGUUGAAAAAAAUCAAAGGUCGAACUGGAGUUUUUUCACCUGAAGAAAAUGUGAAUUAUGAAAAUCGUAAACAAUCAUUAAAUAAGGAUUCAAAUCCAAAUGUCUCAAAAAUAGAUGAUCCAGAAGAAUCGGAUAAAACAACAAAAGGUUCAAGAAUUUCUUCACGUUUUAGUUCUAAAACUGGGGUUUAUUCAGUACAAAAAAAUGAGAGUUUUGAAAAACGUAAACAAUCACGUUUUAAGCGUUUGAAAUCAAAGGUUUCCGUAGGCGAAUGUUCAGAAGGAUCAUUUGAAUUUGAAACAGAAACAGGUGUUCCUGAGCUGACAGUUUUCACGGUGAACAUCAAUGACAAUGCUUCGAGUUAUAAAAAAAGUGAAGAGGUAUCAGAUGAAGAAACUAACCCACUUCUGAAGAAUGAAUAUUCACUGGAAUCAGUAGAAACAAGACAAGCUGAAGAAUUCAAAACUGCUCAAACUAAAUUCCAUUCCAUGGCUGAAAAUGUGGAAUUCUGCUUCGAUGAUAAAUUGAAACAAUGUUCACCUUUUGGAGAAUCAUUACGAGAGGAGGAGGGAAAUCUACUAAAACAUCCAAAGAGCAAAACAAUAGCGAUCACCGAAAGAGACUCGGGUAUAUGUGGAUUUGUGGGACUUUCAGUUGGAAUUAGAUUUCAUUUAAAGCUUGUUGGAAGUUUUAAUGGUUGUGUAAUCAUUUUUUUUUUAUUUUGCUUAUUUUAGAUAGGGAAUCAAAGUCAUCUGUACAGUAUAUUUAUUACAACGCCAAAUAUUUUCAACAUUUUUAUUAUAUUUACAAUCUGACGAGGGACUGCCAUGA